AUGUUCUGCGGGAAGUUGCCGUCGAUGGUUGACGAGAGCAAGGCGGCUAUCGAGGCCUUAAGACUCGAGUCUCACAAUCAUUUCCUUCAGACCAAGUAUAGUAGAUUCGACGCCGCCAAGCCCAUUCAUGUCCAUAUGGGGCAAUUGUGGAGAAGGAGGAGUCUUCACUGCCUCGGCUAUCUGCACCCCAGGACCCAUGCGGACCGAGCUUUGGGCAGUGUGAAAGGCGUCCUCUGUGGCACAUGGCGACAGAAGUUUGGUAACCCGGUUCAAAUCGGAUAA